AUGUCCGUUCAAUCUUCUGACUUUCUAGCCGGCUAUUACCUUGCUUGCACAGCCGUGGGAGGCCUCAUCGCAGGUUCGAUAUUCUAUCAAACUGCUCAAAUCAGAACUUACAUCUCCCGCACGAGGUGGCCCAAGGUAGAGGAUUUGCCUAAUCGAAAAACCGAUCGUCCGGCCGCGAACAAACCUGACAUCCAUUUUGCUCUCACGGUGUUUUUACACAAAUUCUGGAAUUCUGUGAUUGGCUUUUUUGAUAAAACGAUUAGCGAAAUAGUUGGUCUUUUCCUGUUCAUUGGAUUAAAUAUUAUUUUCUUGCUAUUGCCUUUUCAAAGCGGCGUUGGCUUGGUGCAACAACUUAACAUUCGAUGCGCCUACAUAGCGUUGGCAAACGCGGCCUUCGUUUUCCCGUUGGCCACCAGGAAUUCCAUCUUUGUCACGCUCAUCGGUGUUCCAUUUGAACGCAUAAUCACUCUUCAUCGAUGGGUAGGGAGGACCAUCUUCCUUUUGCUCACCUUCCAUGCCACUUACCAGAUUCAAUCGCAAUACACCGGUUCCCUCUAUAAUCUUCUUGCUCUAAGUGAUGUGAACAAAUGGGGAUUUCUUGCUUACGUUUUUCUGAUCAUCAUUGUGAUCAUGUCCCACUCGAUAUUUCGUCGAUUUGCCUUCGAAUGGUUCUAUUGGUCUCACUUUAACUUCAUCUUCUUUGUCAUAUUCGGCUCACUGCAUCAAGAUGAAUUCCUUUCAUUCACCGGCAUCGGAGUUGGACUUUAUGUCAUCGAUCGCCUCAUCAGAUUCUUCGUUGGUCUCAAUAAGAUCGAUGUUGUGUCGAUGGAAGCCAUCACAUCCGGCGUCACUCGUAUCGUCUUUCGCUAUCCUACUUAUUAUGAGGCCGGUCAGUACAUGUUUGUCAACAUACCGCAGCUAAAGUUACCUGUUUCCUUGAUCGCAUGGCAUCCAUUCUCUUACUCCUCUGCGCCAAGCGCGAAAGACAAAGGUGUACAUAAUGCAAGUAUUCAUGUGAAAACGCAGGGUGGAUUCACCAGAACUCUGUAUGCGAAUUCACAAAAAACGGAGGCGCCAUUGAAACUGAGAAUUGAUGGUCCUUACGGGAAACCAAGCAUAGAUUUCAAGGCCCAUCGAACCGUUCUAUUGGUGGCCGGUGGAAUUGGUAUCACUCCUAUGAUAAGUAUACUGCGAGACUUGGUUAGUCGUCAAGUUACAAGCAUGCCAGUGGCCACUCAGGAGAUCCACUUCAUGUGGAUAAUACCAGAUCAAGUUGCACAUUCAUGGUUUGCCGAAGAAAUACGAGAGAUAAUAGCGCAAUCCUCGGCGUUGCCCAAAGAAAAAUAUUUGCUUGAUAUCAAAAUAUUUUUCACGAGGGCGAAAUCGACACCAUCAACAGAGUUCUUUGCAGGUCGACCCAACUUCAAAUUGGUGUUCAGGGACAUAAAACAAUUUCAUGGUUCGGGUGAUAUAGCGGUUGGUGUGUGCGGACCAGCAGUCAUGUUGAAUGAAGUGAGAAAUGCUGCCGUGUCGGAAAGCGACACCUCCUGCCUAUUUCAUGUACACACCGAGACAUUUGAACUAUAG